ACAGCAGGAUGACCUUGAUCACCUGUAUAACUUGGCCUGCAGGCCGGCACUGACCUGACACAUUAGGACUCAGCUGAUGGCAGCCCUCAGGACACUACUGCUACUGUUGGUAGCGGCGGCUCUCGCUGUCACGGCCUCUGCUCAGAAAGCGCCCAGAUUCAAGGCGUGCAAGAGGAGCCUGCCGGCCGCCAAGCUGAACGAGUGUGUCCGAGACUCGCUGCAGAAAGCUGUUCCGGAACUCGUUAAAGGUCUGCCAGAGUUCGGGCUCCACACCAUAGACCCACUGCAUGUAGACAGCUUGCAAGUACCAAGUAGAGGCAGCAAGAGUGUCGUCAGUGUCGACAUUACCUUCAACAACCUGGACAUCGUGGGCCUCAGGAACGCAAAGAUCAAAUCUGCAGAUGUGGACUUGGCCAAAUACAGGAUGACAAGUAAGAUCGAUGUCGAUGGGCCCAUCUCCCUGCUUGGUGACUACAAGAUUAAAGGCAAGGUCCUGGUUCUACCCAUCGAGGGUUCUGGCCGUUGUAACAUUACCCUAGUGAACCCCAAGGGAGAGAUCACAGAGAUGCAGGCCAAGCCAGUGACUCGUGGAGGUAAAGAAUACGUGCAAGUGACAUCACUCAAGUUCGUAGUGAAGGAAGCCGACAGAGUUUACUACGACCUGGAGAACCUCUUCGGUGGAAACAAGCAACUAGGCAACAACAUGAAUGAGGUUCUGAACGACAAUUGGAAGCAAGUAUUCGAGGAGAUGAAAACACCUGUGCAGACCGCCCUAGGCUUGGCCUUCCGGACCAUUGCUGACAACGUGGCCAGGAAGAUAGCUUUUAAUGACAUUUUUGUCACAAAUUAAUUAACUUAUACCAAAAACAAACAAGAAUUCAGUUUGUAGGAACCAAUGUUGCCAGUGUAAAAAGUAUCUCUUUAUAGGGUAAGGCACUUAUAAAACUUACAAAACAAAUACACAAUUGCUUAUCUAUAAGUAAUAGUUAUCUAUAAAUGAUAAAUAUGAAAACGUGAUCUAUUUUAUAAAAAUAUAUGUUAAU